UUCAGGAUAACAGACAGAGAGAAGAUGAGAGACAGAAGGAUAGCAUGAUGAGGAUUACACUCGUUCUUCUUCUCUCUGUCCUCCUGCCGCAGCUUGGCCGCACGCAAGAGGACACUCUCACCACUGCACAUCAUUGGGUUGAUCGAGUUGGAAACAAUAACUGUGUGUGUGUGUGUGAUCAGGAGAAGCUGCCUGACCUGAAUCAAACACAGAAAGAAACAACGAAGGAUGGACGUGGAUUCCAACACACACAGCACUCACAGAAACCAUCUAAACCCAACCUAAAUGAAGCCCCUCCCACUGCUCGCCCUAAGACCCCACCCUCCAGUCUGUUCUCUCAGGAAUGUAGGUCUGGGAAUUACACACGUGCGUCUUGUGCUAAAGUCUUCUGCCCUCCGUGGCAGCGCUGCAUCAACGGUCAGUGUGUGUGUAAACUGCCAUAUCAGUGCCCACGGACUGGAGAUGGUGCAUGUGGACUGGACGGGAAGAGCCACCCGACUCUGUGCCACUCUCAGACCCACGCCUGCAGAUACAAAAAACCUGUCUUUUCUCAUUACACACAACUCGCAUCAUGUGCAGAAAACCUUUUUACAGUGCAAUUAGAGGAGGUCAAGGGACAGCAGGUGGUUCAGGUGACUACAGAUCAAAAGAAACUGCUGAUCUGUGCUUCAGACUCAUGGAACAUGGCGGCUGCUAAUGUCAUCUGCAGGCAAACCAAAAACGAUGUUAGAGGAGCCCUGGCGUUGGGGACGAGCAUGUUUAAGGAUGUACGAGAUGCAGACACUUUAAGAGAGUGUAUGCGUGUGAGGUGUACAGGGGCGGAGCUUAGUCUGUCCGAGUGUGUACUUUACAAACCCCAAAAAAUCACUGACAACACAUCUGUUGCUACGGUAACCUGCUACACGGAACAACAAGGCAAGGAGGAGUGUGCUGAGUUCCAGUGUGUUAAUCAGAAGUGUGUGUCUUGGGCACAAAUUUGUGAUGGAGUGGACGACUGCGGUGACAACAGCGACGAAAUGUGCUGCACUGGUUGCCAAAACGAUGCGUUCCACUGUACCAGUGGAGUGUGUCUCCCACGUUACACUGUUUUAGAUCAGAUACGGGAUUGUUUAGGGGGAGAAGAUGAACUGAAACCAGCCACAGACAUCAGGAAGAUUCACCUGAACUCAGAGUCACCUGAGAAAGAGGUGUGGUCGAACCCUAUCAAAGAUAUCCAGAUGGCACGCAGUCACAUUGAAACACUGCAGUGUGGAAUUCCCAACAUGGACUAUCUGAAUAAAGACGAGGAAGAAUUACGACCCACACGCACUAAACGUGUGGUGGGCGGGAACGAAGCUCGGCCGACUCAGAUACAGUGGCAAGUGGCCGUGCAGGAAGGAGACCGAAUCCACUGUGGUGGUGUUUAUCUGGGUGGCUGCUGGGUUCUAACUGCAGCCCACUGUGUCAGGAAGAAGCCUCAGGCGUUUAGGAUUAAAUUCUCUCUGUGGAAGAAGUUGUCUAUUCAGAAGACCACUGACAGCAUCCCUGUGAAGAACAUCCACAUGCACCAUGAAUACAACCCACGCACCUAUGAGAAUGACAUCGCACUCAUCCAGCUUAAGGAACUGGCAAACGAGAAAGAGUGUCUCAGGCCGAACCCGGCCGUGCGACCCAUCUGCAUCCCCUGGUCCACACUGCAGUUUCCUCCCAACUACACCUGCACCAUCUCCGGCUGGGGACGCAACAAAGAGGGAGGCAGUGCGAAUGCUCUGAUGUGGGCCAACGUGAGUCUCAUUCCUAACUGUAGGAGCUAUUACAAGGAACGGUUCCGUGAAGGAAUGAUGUGUGCAGGUGAUCUGGAGGGGAAGGUGGACUCGUGCCAGGGUGACUCUGGAGGCCCGUUAGUGUGUGAGGAUGCGACUGGUGUGUCGUAUGUGUGGGGAAUCGUGAGCUGGGGAGAAAAAUGUGGGGAAGCCGGCUUCCCCGGAGUGUACACCAAAGUGGCUCACUAUUUUGAGUGGAUUCGCCAAAUCACCGGCUGGCCUGCAGUCACCAAGUACAAUCAGUAAAGUGGAAACAUGCUAAUAAUGCUAAUAAUGUAGCUGAAGUUUUGUUUAUCGUUUUUAUUUCAUCUGGGUUAAUUCUUUCAAAUUUUAAUUUCAUUGUUCUCAUUAAACGUUUUACAAGCUAA